AUUGGAAUCCGCAUUAGCAUCAAGGUAGAAUUCUACUUCAAAACACUUAAAUAAAUAUCUGAUUUUCAAUACAUUGACAGUAUCGAAAUAUCCCUAUCUUUUAAUAAAUAAAAGCAAAUCAGUAUUUAAAUAAGGAAGAAAUUUUGAAAUGUUGCGACAAUUAUUGAAUCAGGGUUCUCGCCGGACGAUUUUACGAAUGCAAACAUUUUCUUCAAAGGCUACAAUAGGGGAUGACAAAAAUAAGGUAAAGGUGUUAAAUAACGCUGAUGUUCCAAUCAUCGAUUACGAGGAUCCGGAUUAUUUACCGCUUCCCGAGUAUCCUUUACGACCAGAUGAGCCGCUAGAAGUGCGGAAACAGCGCCUUAUUUAUCAAUCUCGAAAGCGUGGUAUGCUUGAAAAUGAUUUGAUACUUAGUACAUUUGUUGCACGUUACUUAAAAGAUAUGGAUGCUAAACUAACAGCACAAUAUGACCAAUUAAUCAAUGGCGUAACCAAUGAUUGGGACAUAUAUUACUGGGCCACAAAUGUUAAGCCAACACCCCCAGAACAUGAUAAUGAUGUUAUGCGACUACUUAAAGAACAUGUUGCGAAUUCUAAACGCGAACAACGCCUGUGCCAGCCGGAUUUGUAAAUAUUAUUGUUUUGAAAUUAGUUUUAUUCCAUGUUGAUUAUGCACUAUUAGUUGUUAUAAAAUAUAUAUACUACAUCAAGCUACA